UUAGUUUUGUUAAAAGGCAUAGCCAUGGAAAUAGGAAAUGGGACAGUUGUCUAUGAAUUCAUCUUGGAGGGAUUUCCGGCUGUCCAGCAUCUGGGAAAGGUCCUCUUUCUGGUGCACCUGCUGGCAUACCUGGCAUCCAUUGCAGGCAAUGCUGUCAUAGUCACCAUCACCUGUACUGAUUCCCGCCUCCACACACCAAUGUACUUUUUCCUCAGUAUUUUCUCCUUCUUUGAGUGUUGUUUCACAAGUAAUGUUAUCCCUAAGUUGCUUGUUAUCUUUCUUUCUGGCAGGCAAACAAUUUCCUUUGUAGCUUGUUUCAUACAAGCUUUUGUUUUUGUAUUUCUGGGAGCAGCAGGUUUCUUCUUAUUGGCAGUGAUGUCUAUGGAUCGGUACUUGGCCAUCUGCAAGCCCCUGCACUACCCAACUAUCAUGAACUUGAAGACUUGCUUCCUCCUGGUCUUUCUUUGCUUUGCUUUAGGAUUUACUCUCAUCAUUGGUCUAGUAGUGAAGGUUUCCCAGUUAUCCUUCUGUGGGCCAAAUCUCAUCCCUCAUUUCUUCUGUGAUAUUGGUCCCCUGAUCCACCUCUCCUGUUCUGACACCAGAUCUACUGAAAUGCUGGCUUUUGCCCUUGCCUUAUGCAUCCUUCUGACAUCCUUCAGCAUAACCAUCACUGCAUACAGCCACAUAGUAAUCACAAUCAUUCAUCUCCCUUCAGCCAAGGAGAGACAGAAAGCUUUCUCCACCUGCUCAUCUCAUCUCAUUGUCCUCUCUCUGAUGUAUGGCAGCUGUGUCUUUAUCUAUGUGAAACCAAAGCAAACUAGCAGGCUGUACUCCAACAGGGAGGCUGCCCUUGUGAACACAGUGGUGACCCCACUGCUCAACCCUGUCAUCUACACUCUGAGGAACAAGCAGGUUCACCAGGUUCUUAGAGAAACAAUGUGCAGAAUGAAAAUAUCAAGAUAG